CUAACUUUGAAGCAAACUUCUAAGUUUCAGACUAGGAUGAAAUAACAGGUUAAACACCUCUUUGAUUUAGCAUCAAAGUCGUCGUUGGUGAAUUCGCACCCGAAUGCUGGUGUAAUGUACGUGCGCUGUCCCUCUGAAAGACGAAAGAAGGAAAAACGCUGCUUAGUAUUUUGAUCAUGACAUCCAGCGGUUGAGGAGGGACAGAGAAAGGUCUCUGGGGACUUGGAAUACGACAUGGCCCAGUUACCACAAUAGACCCGUAUGCGGGUUUGACCUAGACGUGUUUUAGCCCUACAGGAAAAAAAAAAAGAAAAACACUGGGCUACAGCUGCUCCAUCCCUCUCUCUCUCUCUCUCUCUCUCUCUUUCUCUUUUUCUUUUAAGACUGGGAGUUGUGUGGUGACCCAUGCUGUCACCCAGAGAUCUGCCUCCUGCAGUCCUGGCUAUAGCGGGCAUGUCUCGUCACUGAGCCACCGGUUGACGGCAAGUCGAAAUGACGAGCCUCAAACGCUCGCCCACUGACCGAACCGUCGGUGGCUCUGUCCCUGCCACCGAUGAGUUCUACACCCGCCACCUGCGUCUGACCAACGGAGGGAUACCUCCUCUCCGUACAGAGACCUCUCACCAAACGGGAGGGAUGUUGGGAGUGCCUAAAAUGGGUGUCAGAGCACGGGUGGCAGACUGGCCCCCGAGGAGGGACGGCGGAGCUCUGUGGCACGUCGCUACGGAGACGGAGCCCGCCAGCCACCCGAAACUCGGAAUUCAGAUCAGCCCACAGGAUUCGACCAUGCUCCGCAGCAUCCACAACACGUUGAAAAGCAAGACGCAGGCAUUCAGUUCUGGCAACACCACAGACUCUCGUUUCCUUUCCACCCCUGACCAGCGGAACUUUUCGAAUCACAAGACCAGACGCAUUCAUCAACGCAGCAACAGCGACAUCACCCUGAGCGAACUGGAUGGAAGCGGGGAGAGCGGAGAAGAUUGGGGCUCUCCAGGAACCAAGUGGUCACCUCUGCACCGGGAGUACGGCAGCACCUCCUCCAUCGACCAGCAAGCCUUGGGCACCUCCGCAACUUCGGGGGAGAGCUUCUUUGAGAUGCUGAAGGGCUACCAAGGUGCAAAGCCGGACCAACGAAGUCCAGCACCUGCAAGAUUGGAGGAGCUGCUUACGGCAGGCCUCAAAGAGACUCCUUCGGAGCUCAAUGAGGACUCAAAAGGGUGCCAGCCAGUUGGUAAACAAAGGGAGCGUGAAAAGGUCCCCAAGAGACGGUCAAAGUCCGAAACGGGAGGUGAGUCAAUAUUCAGGAAGCUUCGAAGCGUGAGGGCUGAGACCGACUCCCCACGGGUGGGGUCCGACGCGGAGGAUGGACGUUUGGAGGACAGUGUACCUCCUCUGAAGCAGUGGGUGUGUCAGAAAGGUUUUGCCCACUAUGAUGUUCAGAGCAUCAUGUUUGACCUGAACGAGGUCAUCCAAAGCAGACAGAACUCGGUGAACAAACGCAGGAAUACCACCACCGGAGCUUCCGCGGCAGCAGCCGCCUCCUCUGCUUCUGCCACCUCCACCCUCUCCUCCACACACAGCUUGCCCUACCACUCCCCCUCUGGCAGCCAAGAGGAGCUAAACGCCAGGGAGAGCCCCUCGGCAGACGGCGAUGAGGAUCAGGGGAACGAGCUGGUCCUAGGCUGCCCUUGUUUUCGCACUGAGACUGGAGGGGACAUCUGGCCCAGAGCUGAAAAUUCUUUCUUGGGUGCGGUAGGCGAUGGGGGCCCGAGGACCCUUGGAGGUGAGACGAACUCUUUCGAGUCUCCGCCCAGCCCCCAUUGCUCUAACGCAGGUGUGGCUGUGCUGGAAGGACCCAAGGAUGGGCCGAGUGUACUCAAUGACAAAGACAGGCAGUACAUUGUGGAGCACGUGGACCUUGGUGCCUACUACUUCAGGAAGUUCUUCUAUCUUAGAGAGCAUUGGAACUACUUUGGUGUAGAUGAGGCCUUGGGCCCUGUGGCUGUAAGUCUAAAGAGGGAAAAAUUAGAUGACGAUAAGGAACAUGGUCAGCAGUACAAUUACAGAGUCAUCUUCAGAACCAGUGAGCUAACCACUCUGCGGGGCUCUAUUCUGGAGGAUGCAGUGCCUUCAACUGCCAAACACGGCACAGCCCGCGGACUGCCUCUCAAAGAGGUGCUGGAGUACCUAAUUCCUGAGCUGGAUGUUCCAUGCCUGCGACUCGCCCUCAACACGCCCAAGGUCACCGAGCAGCUAAUGAAACUGGAUGAGCAAGGGCUCAGCUUCCAGGUGAAGGUGGGGGUCAUGUACUGUCGGGCUGGACAAAGCAGCGAAGAGGAGAUGUAUAAUAACGAGACAGCCGGCCCUGCCCUGGAAGAGUUCCUGCAGCUGAUUGGGGAGAAAGUGCGACUGAAAGGAUUUACCAAGUACCGUGCCCAACUAGACACCAAAACUGACUCCACGGGCACACACUCCCUGUACACCGCAUACAAGGACUAUGAGAUCAUGUUUCACGUGUCUACAAUGCUUCCAUACACUCCAAACAACAAACAGCAGUUGCUUCGGAAACGACACAUUGGAAACGACAUUGUUACCAUCGUGUUCCAGGAGCCGGGGGCGCACCCCUUCACCCCGAAGACGAUUCGCUCGCACUUCCAACACGUGUUCAUCAUCGUGCGCGUGCACAACCCCUGCUCCGACAACACCUGUUACAGUGUGGCUGUCAGCCGUUCCAGUGACGUGCCUUCCUUCGGCCCGCCCAUCCCAAAAGGAGUGACCUUCCCUAAAUCCACCGUAUUCAGGGACUUCCUGCUGGCCAAGGUCAUCAACGCGGAGAACGCCGCCCACAAGUCGGACAAGUUUGGCGCCAUGGCGACACGCACGCGCCAAGAGUAUUUGCGCGACCUGGCCGAACGGCACGUAACCAGCACACCCGUGGAACCUUCCGGAAAAUUUCCCUUCAUCUCGCUGGCUCACAAACGGCGUGAGAGGACGAAGCCGUACCCAGGGGCGGAGCUUAGGAGCCUGGGUGCCAUCACGUGGGCGGUGCACGCGGAGGACCAGAUAGCGGGAGCGGAGAGGGAGUGUCUAUUGGCUAUCUCCAAUGAGUUUGUUAUCUUAUUGGACAAGGAGGCCAAAGCUGUGGUGUUCAACUGCUCUGUGCGGGACGUGAUUGGCUGGUCAUCAGGCAGCCCCGCCUCGCUGAAGAUCUACUACGAACGUGGGGAGAGCAUCUCGCUGCGAUCCAUCAACAACAACACGGAGGACUUCAGCGAGGUCAUCAAACGACUGGAGCUCCUGACAAAGGGCAGUCAGACCACCGAGAUGACCCUGAGGAGGAACGCCCUGGGUCAGCUGGGCUUCCACGUGAACUUCGAGGGCAUCGUGGCGGAGGUGGAGCCGUACGGCUACGCCUGGCAGGCGGGGCUCAGGCAGGGAAGCCGAUUGGUGGAGAUCUGCAAGGUGGCCGUGUCCUCGCUCUCGCACGAGCAGAUGAUUGACCUCCUGCGCACGUCCGUCACCGUCAAAGUGGUCAUCAUCCCGCCCCACGAGGACUCCACCCCGCGCAGAGGCUGUUCAGAGAUCUACCACAUGCCGCUGGUCGACUAUAAGAACCACAAGCAGGGAAUGCCGUACGAGUACAAGUUCCCGUUCCGCAAUAACAACAACAAAUGGCCCCGCUCCACCUCCGGAUCUCAGCAGGGAGGCUCGUCUCAGACCCAGGCUCGGCCCGCUGGUCUGGCGGGAACGCUGAACAAGUCCCAGGUUUCCGAUUACACGGACAGGGCUCCCGUUAUUCCCCGCAGCGUCUCCAGCGACGGGCGUCCCCUAAACCCCAAAAGGUAUUCUCCUGGCUCUGAUAAUUAUGCGUUGGCUUGCUCCAUUGUAAUGGGCCGUUCCCCACACAGUCGUAACUCUCCCAACAACCAAUCGUAUUCGAGCGACACCAGCUCUGGCUCCACCCACUGGCGUCAGAAAUCCAUGCCUGAGGGGUUUAACGGUAACCGAAACUCCCCACUGAUUGCUGAUCGGCAUAAUAUGAAUGAGACAGCCAAUGGGGUGAAGGUUAUGCCAAGCUGGGCCAGAGUUGUGGAGGGAGAGGGAAGCAACAGGGGAUCAGACAGAAAUGCACUAGAAGCGUCUGUGACAAAGUCAAAAUCGGCUGUGCCAGGCAAUGAGCAGCAAGAGUCCAGCACAGCCCUGUCUCCCAACAAGAACAGCAAGUCUGACACCACUUACUCCAGUCAAUCCAGUAGCAACACCCUGUCCAGUAAUGCCAGCUCCGCCCACAGCGACGAGAAGUGGUACGAGAUCGGCGGCAGGCCGGCGUCGCGGCCGGACUCGGAGCUGAACGGCUUUGCCGCCGGUUACCUGCAGGGGGCGUCGGCGGACAGCGGCAUCGACGCGGCGUCUUACGCGCCGACGCUCAGCAGCUCCGUCUCUCUCCUGCCGUCCUCCUCCUCCUCCAGGGCCAAGGAGAAGGCGACCCCGCACUGGAGCGAGACCUCCGGAUCAGCCCGGCCGGCGCCGGAAACCUCCCCCGUCUCCACAGACUCCUCCCUCCACUCGGACAGCGCCGAUACCCAGGCGAAGAAUCCCAGCGUCGGCGCACCGGCUACCGGCUCCCAUACCCUCAGUGACGCGGCUUCCCAGUCCAGUACGUUAAGUUCGGGGAUGUCUGGUAGUCCAAUGGGCUCUGCUCUGGAGGACCCAGCCCCAGAUCCAUCACUGCCUUCCCAAAGUUCCUUCUCUCCUGGGCCCAAGAGCUUCUACCCCCGUCAGGGAGCCACCAGCAAGUACCUCAUUGGCUGGAAGAAACCGGGCAGCACCAUCAACUCUGUGGAUUUCGGGGGAACUCGCAAACGACAUCAGAGCGACGGUCAUUUGGGUGGAAAACCACAGCUCCGAGCCACGAUGCGGGUGACUCAUUCUCCCCAGCACGUCCCCAAAUCCACGGUCCAGGAGGACCUGAAAAAACUCAUCACGCUCGACAGCCCCCCACCCACCGGCAACGAGACCAAGCCUUCCUUCCCUGCGUCCACCCUCAACAGACGUUCUCUCCAGCGGACUCUGUCCGACGAGAGCAUCUACAGCGGGCAGAGGGAGUCCGGGCUGCCGGGAAACUCCUUCUUCAGCAGCUCCACCAUGCCCCGUUCCCCCACCACCCGAAAAGCACCUCUACGCCAACCCUCCUACACACAGGGUGCCAAGUCCCUAGGGGACCUCACCUCGACGGAGAGCUCGAUUUUUGAUCAGGAGCGUCACAGACAGGCCCUGCAGGACCCCUGCCUCAUUCCCCUCCCAGACGCCAAGUCAGACAGUGGGCUGGACUGGUCUGACCUGGUGGACGCGGCCAAGGCCUUUGAAGUUCAGAGAGCAACACUUUUAGCUGCUAAAGAUGCCAGUGUCCGGGCUGAGGGCAGUGCCACAACUUCCCAGCAGGCCGAGCCACAGGCGGCCCCGCAACGCCACCCCUCGCCCGGUGAGAGCCCAGCUGGUCUGAUUGGGAAGGUCAGUCAGUUGGAGUCUAUGGUCAAGCUCCUGCAGGAGGACCUGAAGAAGGAAAAGGAUGCUAAGGCUUCUUUGCAGGCCCAGAUUCAGAGUCUGAGGGAGGACAAUCAGCGUCUGCAGGAGGAGUCCCUCAACGCCUCAGCCAAGCUCAAGAAGUUCACAGAAUGGGUCUUCAACACCAUAGACAUGAACUGAAUCCCGUCGGCCCCUGUCAGCGCUGCCAGAACAAUCCCUCAGUGCAAGGUCCGAAUCACCGUGACUCCAGAGGAACCGAUUCGGCGAAACACUGAUUCUGAACGAACUUACCCAGAAAGGUUCUUCUUGAACGUGGCGGACGCGUUGUUUGCGGCAAAGCAGAGCGUUAGCUCGACCUAAAAAAGAACCGAAACGGCGCAAACGAACCUAACGAUGCUGUCGAGUCUGAGAGAGCCAAGCACGGUCCCCCGUCUCCUGAAGAUGUCUUGGUUUAAGAUCCGAGCAUGCUGAAGAAUGUUCUUGUUUUUUCCUGGGCAGUCUGGAAGCUACCUGUGAUGACGCUUACCCACAGGGUCAUGUCGGUGAAAGAAUCUGUUACGUUUACCAUUAUUUUAUUCCUUUUUUUUUUUGUUGUUGUUGUUCUUGUUCUUGUUGUUGUUGGAUCAGUCGAGUGGUUCUAUGAUGGUGGUCCAUAUUUUUUUUUUUUCUCAUUCCCCUCGCUGUUGUUCCUCUGUAUUUUCAAAAAAUUAUAGAAAUUCCACCCAGUGAAAUGAAAAAGUGCAAGUUGUUUUCCAAACCACAAAAUGUUCAGACUGUUUUGGGUGUUUGGUUUUUUUUUUUUUGUUUUUUGUUUUCUUUACGAUUUUGUCAAAACAGUUUUCAGCACACAACCAAGGUCAACUGAUAGAGAAAAUAAACAUGGGUUUGGUUCGCGA